AUGACAACAAAACAUCCUGAACCGCAGUACAAGGAUGUCGUGGUCAUUGGGAAUGGCCCGUCAGGAAUUACUUUGUCCUAUUUUCUUGCCGGUAAUUGGCCGUACUACAACGGAGGCCCAAGUCCUGACUCAUUUUUGCACACGAAAUUGGAAGCGAAUAUGCACUUAUCUGUCAUCGAGCAGGACUUGGAGUAUUUGUCCGAGAGCUUGGAUCUGAUACGGUCAAAUAAUCCAGUGUCUGUGCUCUUUGACACGCUCAUCCACCCGGAGGCAGACCUUGGGAUCGACCGGCGAGCACACAUCGAUUUCGUUCAUGCUCGUGGCCAUGAGAUCCAGCACGUGGUGUUGGGAACGGGCCAACCUGGCGGUGCGUGGCAGAAGCUAGAUGGAGACAUGCUGACGCUUAGCCUCGCAAACUGGAUGGAACUUCCUUCAUUAAACUUUCGAGACUGGGCCAGCACCUACAAAAUCGAUGGGAUACCGCUAACAGCGAGUCACGCUACAUGCCGCGGCAGCCGAGUGUCGGUGCGUGACGUCAGGGACUACUACCAGCACUUCGUCAAGAGUCGCCACCUGGAGACGUACUUCCGCAACGACUGCACCGUCACAUCCGUCGCGCGUCUCCACAACCGCCGCGACGUCGUCUGCAAUCGUGAGAACGGAGAACCGGAAACCGGCGGUGACCUAGCAUCCGGCGACCGAAUCUGGGAGGUCAGCGGGCAUGCGCAGUGCGGGCUGAGCGAGAGCGGUGCGGUGCGCUACGAGCGUUUCUGCUACCGCGCUCGAGACGUUGUACUUGCGACUGGCGGCGACGGUUUACCGAACCGACUACGCGCUCCGGGCGAGCACCUGCCGUUCGUUCUUCACUCGAUGCGUGACGCUGAGAGACUGCUGUCGUCGGGAAAACUCACUCACGUUUCCGAUCCGGUGAUGAUCGUCGGAGCAGGGCUGUGUGCUGCCGACGCCGUCAUCGCCGCAGCUAAACAUGGCGUCCCCGUCGUGCACGCGUUCCGACGGGCCGCCACCGAUCCCCAGCUCAUCGUCAACCGACUCCCUGCGAAGGUCUACGGCGAGUAUCAUCGCGUGCUGGUGAUGAUGAAGGGUGGGGGAGACUCCGUGUGCGGGUAUGUUCCGCUAGCGCAGCAUAGUGUGCACAGCAUCAGACCCGACGCUCGCGUCGUGCUGCGUUCGACGAGGAGUGGUUCGUAUAACACCGUGAAGGUGUCACACGUGAUCGUACUGAUAGGUUCGCGGCCCAACCUGCGCUGCAUGCAGGGCGAGUGCCGCAACCUCGGCGUUAAACCUGACGAGCCGAUCUGCCCGAAGCGAAACCCGAUCGACGUUGACAUGGUGACGCACGAGAGCGUGCACGAGCCGGGGUUGUACGCGAUGGGAUCGCUUAUUGGCGACAAUUUCGUGCGUUUUAUCACGGGUGGUGCCUUAGCCAUCACUGCCCAUAUCGCGAGGAAGCUUCUAGCCAACUAAUGAGAACCAUCCUCUCGUCUUUUCCUGCUAUGU